AUGGUUGUAGGAAUGAUACUGGAAUCUCCAUCUCGCAGUCAAUCCAUCAAUGAUUCGGAAUUGAAUUGCCGCAUUACGAAGGAGCAAUGUGCUAUGAGGCCUGCUACCUAUAUGCAAACCGACAAGGAUACUCCCUGCCAAAUACAGCCACGGGGCUAUUCGGCUGAACACCUGCUGGAUACCGCCGGAGGUGAUCCUGGACGAUGUUCAUCCCAAUGCAAGCACCCUGGAGGCUUUUGGUCUAAUAUGCUGUACUACUGCACCUCGUAUGCGACCAAAUACCGGAGGGUCGUCAUAACGGCCAUUGCUGAUGUCGGUCACUUACAAGGGACACAAGCAGCCUUAACCCCCAAUUGUGAAGCUAUACUACUUAAAGACGGGAAGGACGGCAUCGUCCAGGGAACUCGCUUGACGAUCAUCGGGCUAGCAUCAGGCCUCCCUGGCAUGUUUCGGAUACAUCCGAAAUUCUCCGAUCAGAAGCAUUUGUGCUAUGACCUGAGCAGAACUGAUGCCCAAGUCAAUACUCGGUCUGCAUUCUUUAGUGCGGACGGAAUUUUGGCAUCAGAGUUUAGGUAUCCUGCGGUAGUUCAGCACAGUGGAGCCAUGUGGGCCGGCAUCAUCCCAAUAAUGGGUUCGAGAGUCCUCCGGCCAGGGUUCCCUGGUGUAGCUUGCUCGCAGCCGCUUUGUGGGAUCCAGCAGAUGGCAUUCUGCCACUGCGAUGACACGGUCAAUUUCAUGCCCAAAGCGACAAGCGUUCGCAUAAUUAGCGCGACCCUGGUGAGCCAAAUCCUUGUCGUGUUCGCCCCAUCGGACAUAACGAGAGCCGAGGGUCCGAGGCGAAGCUUCUCAUCGAAACCCAGAUACUUAUCUUAG